AAGAUUGUAAAAAUGAAAACUGUUAAUUAUAACAAUCAAAGAGGAAAACAGAAAUGAUGACACAAUGAUAAAAGGUGAAAGUGAAAAGGUUAUAUUGUUUUGUGACAAUUUAACUAAAAAAAUCAAGUUAAUCAAUAUCAUUAUUGGUGAUUAAAUUUAUCACGAUAAUAACAAUCAUUAUUCCCGUUGUCUACAAGGUAUAUAAUUGAUUAAUUAACUGUUAACAUGAAAAAGUAAUCAACUCGUUUAGUGUCAUCCUUAAAAAUUAACCAGUUAGUUAAUCAGUGAUGAACAAGUUUUAAAUUGUUGUAAUAUUUUAACAAUCAGUGGAGCGAUUAACUAAAACCAUCAACAUGAUGGUUGAACGCGAAUAUCAACAAUUAAGGAAUCACAAUCAAUAAUCUAAAGCCGUAAAAAACCAAACCAAACAAAAGCAAAAAAAAAGUGUCAACAAAGUUAAUCAUUCUAAAACUAAUCAUCAUCAUCAUUUAAUCAUGAUCGUUAAUCACUUUUCGUUAAAUUCACCAAUUACCCUUGAAGAAACUUUAACAAUCAAUGAGAAGAAAAUUUUUUUCUAAAUUAUAAUUUUUCAUUCUCUCUACUCGUUGAUUAUUAUCAGACAGAAUCAUCAUUUGAACCAGUUAACCAUCAGGAAUCAUAUUCAACAAUUAUCAUGACAAUUUAGCAACAACAUCAACAAUCAGUGAUCAACAUUUUCAUUUGAUUGUGACAGAAAAAAGUCAAACAUCAAGAUCAAUGAGAAAACAAUGUGAUACUUUUAUUUGUAGAUCUAUGUGAUAAGUGAAAGGUCAAUUUGAUUAGUAGGUUGAAUUAAGAGGACAAUCAACUAAUUAUGAAUGAAUUGGAGACACAAAAUUUGUCAUCAAUUGAUGAAUUGUGUGUUUUUUUAAUGAACCGUAUUGGUAUUUGUGUGUCAGCAUCAGAAGCUGCAACAACCCAGGAACUUGUUAAUAAAGUGAUUGAUACUUGGUUUACACCUCGAUCAACAACAACGGGAACAAUUAAAUCACCAAUCAAUCAACAUUCAUCAUCCAUCACCAAUAUAUUACCAAAGACUAAUUCAUCCGAUCGAGUGACCAACAGAUAUCCAACCAAAGGUCAAGAUGAUUUGAUUAAAUUUUUCACCCUUUGGAUUACAUCUCCCACCUUGGAAUUACAAUUAAAACCUCUUCACCGACCGAUCAAAGUGCUUAAACAUUGGGAAAGUUUAUCAUCUAAAUAUGGUUACACCAAAGAGAGUUACUUUGAUCAUGGUUCGGGUAACGGAGCAAUUAAUUGUUCAUCGGUUAAUUGUGAGCCAAUCGUUAGUUUCCAACGAAAUAUUUUCACCCAAAAACGAGACGAAAUGAAAACAACCGAUCCCGAUGUGCUUCAAUUACUGUACGAGGAGGCGAAGGUCAAUGUGCUCGAUGGCCGUUAUCCCGUCGAUACUUUUGAACAAUUAGCGGCCAUUCAAACGGCGAUUGAAAUUGGCCCAUUUAACCCUAAAUUACACACAUCGAAAUACUUGAAAUCAAUUAUAACCCAGUUGUUUGGUUCUAAUCAUCGACCAGUGAUAACUUCAACCAAAUGGUCAACAAUUAACUCGAUCACAUCGACAUUUACUCAAUCAUCUUCAUUAGAAUCAAAAAUCAUCAACUAUUACCGACGAUUAGGACCAAUAAUUAACAAAACUCAAUUGUAUCGGAAUUAUUUACAAUUGUGUUGGCCUUUACCUUAUUAUGGAUCAGCUUAUUUUCAUGGGCUAAUUGAAAGGUCGAGUAAAAAGUUAAUUGCCUUAAUUAGUAAUCGAUUGGUUCAAGUUUGGAUUGCAAUUAAUCCGAUAGGAGUUCAUAUAAUUGAUGAGAAACACAGUAGAUUGAUAAUCACUCUGGAUUUCAGUAAAUUCAAAUGGGAAUUAUCAUUAGCAGCUAAUGAACAAUCAACUAAUCAUCAUCGUAAUCAAUCAAUUGAAUUGCCAUCGAUAUUUUUUUAUUUCUGGUCUCGAAACGAUUACAAGAAAAACAUAAUCAAAGUUAUAUCACCACAAGCAUAUUUAAUCAAUACACUUUUAAAUGCUUUUAAUGACAAUCAAUCAGGACAAUUAAUCUACCAGCAAUUAAACACCAGUAAAAAUGAUCUUAAUUUUAAUCUUGAUCAUCAACAAUCAAUUUUCAUAAGAAAUCAACCAACAAUUAACUCUGGAAAAUAAAUGUAAAGUAAAUCGUAACCACCAAAGUGAAAAAGAAUCACAAAAAUCUAAAUUGUUAAUCAAUCAACCAAUUGUUCAUUAAGCUUUAAAUGUAAAUAAUUUAUCAUUUCAACUUGAUUGAUUUUUCAAAUUGAUUGUCUUCAUUUAAUUACGAAUCUUGAUUCAAUUUUUACAUGAAAAUCAUUAACUCAAAUGGACUUUUCUUGACGGAUCAUCACGUCCAUCUUGUUUAAGUCCAGGCCUAAAUUUACCGACAAUUUUGUAAACAAUCAACAACUAAAAUGAACAAUUAAAUCAAUCGGAUUACAUUUUUAAAUAA